AUGAUAGUUUUUAGUAAAAAAAAACACACUCCAGGAUUCUUUGACUUUUGCUUUAAAAAAUGCAUGAAUUAUUUACCAAUUACCAAAGACAACACUCAAAGUGCAGCCUCAAAAUAUAACAUUUAUUCUAGUGUUGAAAAUAAUAACGGAUCUAGCAAUAUUUUUAUGGAAAUUCUAAACUAUUAUGCAUUUAAAAUUAAAAGAAAAAAUUUAAAUACUGAAUUAUUUAACCAAGAUAAUACAAACAAAUCUGUUGUAUCCAACGAAAUUGACAAGAGUAUGCUAUAUUCUCAAAAUGUUAAUAAUGAAGUAUUAUUAUGUUUAAAUAUUUUAAAAUAUAAAGAUGAACAGGUAGAUAAUGAAUUAAAUUAUCUCUAUAAUUAUUUUACGAAGAUAAAAUGUCGUAUUGAUCCAUAUAAAUUAUGUGAAAAUAAAAUAAAAAACAUUGAUGAGCAUAUAUAUAAUAUAAUAAAAACAGAUUAUAAUAAUAUUAAUGAAUUUGUUACUUAUAUUUAUCAAUAUAAAGGGAAAAAGUUUAGAGUUAUUUUAAGUAUUCUUCUAAAAAAUAUAUUAACAUAUAUAGAUAAUGUAACACCAAAAAAUAAUCCUAAAUUUAGAAAUAUUCAAAGAAAUAUUUCUAAAACGAUUCAAAAUAAUCAUCAAAAUAAUCAACAUAGACAUAUAAAUAUACUAAAUAAAUUAUAUUUAAGAAAAAAUAUUCUUAACAAAAAAAUAUUGCAAAUUAAUAAAAAUUAUGAUAAUAAUAAUAUAUAUACAAAAAAUAUGAUACUAGAAAAUCAAUGUAAAAUUAUUGCAGCAUCAGAAAUUAUACAUAUGGGAUCUCUUUUACAUGAUGAUGUAAUUGAUGAAUCUGAAAAAAGACGAGGCUCAUUAUCAUUACAUAAAAAAUAUGGAAAUAAAGUUUCUAUAUUAUCAGGAGAUUUUUUAUUAGCACGUGCAUGUUCUGUAUUUGCAAGUAUAGGUUAUCCAGAAAUAUGCAAAAGAUUUUCAUAUGUUAUCGAAAGUUUAAUAAAAGGUGAAUUUUUACAAACAAAUCUCAAUUAUAAUAAUAUAGAAGAUGCCUUAAAAACAUAUUUAAUCAAAUCAUAUCAUAAAACUGCAUCUUUAUUUUCACAUCUAUUUGCUUGUAUAGCUAUAAUUUCAUUCCAAAAUGAUAAAAUAACAGAAUUAUGUUUUAAUCUUGGAUUACAUAUAGGUAUGGCUUUUCAACUAUAUGAUGAUUAUUUAGAUUAUAAAAUUAAUCCAAAAACAAACCAACCUAUACUUAACGAUAUUAAAAAUAAUAUUAAAACAGCUCCAUUAUUAUUUAGUUAUAGUUAUAACCCAAAUAAUGUAUUAUCUCUUAUUAAUAAAAAAUAUUUAUCAAAUGAUGAUAUCCAAAAUGUCUUGUUUUAUAUUAAAGAAUCAAAUAGUAUGAAAAAAAAUGAACUAUGUUCCUUAUUGCAUAUGAAAAAAGCUGCAGAUAUUUUAGAAUCUUUAAUAUCUUACUGUAAAACAUCCAAUAAUAUAAAACUACAAAAUUAUCAAAAAAAUGAAAUUGAUCAAAGCAAAGCAGCUCUAACAUCUCUCAUUUUUAAUAUGUUAACACGUACUACAAAAUAA